UGCGGAGUCCAUGGGAGUUGCAGACAAUGAAGACUUUUCGUUCGAAGCUAUGGCCAGUGCUUGGGUUUCUCGUGGUUGUGAGUCUUUGGGUCAUUGUGUCGCAGGGCCGGAUGCUUUUUGGUUGUGAAACUGACACCGCAGCUGCAGCCACCGCGCCCACUGGACGCUCUCAAAUUUUGCACUCAGUGGGUCUCCCAGACAAGACUUGCCUGUUCGCUUGCUGCAGAAUUAAGCAAACCUGUGACCUGUGUGUUUUUAUACAUAUAUAUAUAUAUAUGUAACAUGUACAAGCAAUGAUAUGUAUGUAUACUUGGUUUACAAUUUGGUUUUGUUUAUCACGGAAAACCAUUUUGUUUUUAUUGCCGACAGCAAGGUUUACCAUCUCUGCAUUCAAUAAUUAUGGUUUUGUGAAAUCAUUUCUGAGUCGAGUUGAAGCGCUACAUCCAGACAUCACUUGCUUGAUUUGGGUUGUAGCAGACAACCGGCAAGUAUGGGGAGCUCAAGCUGACAAAAGUCUUCCUUCGAAGAUCUUGGAUGACCUACCCAAAAGGUGGCACAGUGUCAUGGUGGAAGAGCUUCAACCUCAUAUGAAUUUCAGCUUCUUGGAACUUGCAUUCCGCUAUGACUUGCAAUGUUUCAACACCGCCAUCAAGCCGGCUGCUUUCAAGUUCAUAUUUGAUCGCUACAAACCUAGCAAGAUCCUUUACUUUGACAAUGAUAUUUGGAUCAUGCAGCCGCUGACAGCCAUCAUGGAUGCGCUGGAGGAAUACAGCUUGGUCAUCACCCCCCACGCGACCCAACCGUUUCCAAUCGAUGGAAAACAGCAGGACGAAAGACAAAUCAUACUCGCUGGCCAGUUCAACUUUGGUUUCGUUGGUUUGGCCGCAACAGCAACGACCUUUCAAUGGCUGGACUUUUGGGGUGAACGUUUGCGCUACUAUGGCUUUGCCAUUCCCAGUGAGGGAAUGCACUUUGAUCAGAACUGGGGUGAUACGAUCCUGUCUUACUUCCCGCAGGAGAAGUACUUUAUUUUGAGAGAUCCACGCUACAACAUCGCGUACUGGAAUUUGCACUAUCGAGGCAAACACCUUCAUAUGGUCAAAGAUAAGGUGAUGUAUGGCUCUGAGCCCGUGGUCUUCAUGCAUUUCUCCGGCAUGUCCAACCUGCUGAAUUACAAUAUCGAAACUAUCUCUCAGCACCAGACUCGGUACAAAAUGUCAAACUUUCCAAAACUACGACCCAUUUUUGAGAAGUACCUUGCGAUGCUGAAAGCUGAAGAUGCAAUGCGAUGGAGGCACGUGCCUUACGGCUUUGGCUGUUUCACUGACGGAACCAUGAUUCCUGAUGCGGUUCGCACUUAUUACGCAAGGAUGUUGGAUCCAGGUUCUUCUCGACGAGAUGACGCAGUGGCCUUCCGCGAGUUCGUGGCUUAUCACGAUCCAUUCAAAGUGGAUGUAGGGUCCAAGGUGUCGGUUCUCUCUUGGAUGUUGCAGGGAGCUCACCACUUGAUUGUGGAGCCACGUGGGUCGGAUUGGGUGCCUGAAGUGGCCUGGCAAAUCUAUAUGUCAAGGCCAGAUGUGCAAUCUGCCUUCAGCGAUCCAUUUGGCAAACACCGGGAAGACUUGCAUGGUUGGUUUCGCAGCGAUGGCAUGAGGGACCACGGCCUGGAACCUCUCAAAGCUCACAUUAUUCAUGUUGAACAGCAACAGAAUUCAGUGGUAUUCCAGAAGCGCUUGCCUUUUGGCGUGAAUGUGUAUGGUUGGUUGAACGGUGUCUUUGGGGUUGGGGAGGCCAGCCGCUUGACGCUGGAAGCUCUGGAUGAAGUGGGAACACCCACUGCACCUAUUUUGCUUCCAUCCAACGAGCAGCACGAGCAGCGGGUGACGUUCGUCAAACCCACACGUCUUCCUGCAUAUCAUUUCAAUUUGUUUGUAGCAAAUGCUUUGAACACCGAUGAAAUUCGGCAGAAGUAUCCACCUGGAGAAUGGAAACGGCAUUACAACAUCGGUUACUGGGCCUGGGAACUGGAGGUGUUUCCGACUCCUUGGCUGCGAAAUAUGGAAAUCUUCGAUGAGAUUUGGACAGUUUCAGACUUUGUCACAAAUUCAAUCCUUUCUGCCCCUGGCUAUGCAGGGAAGUUUUCACAGCCAGUGACAACCAUGCCAAUGGGGCUGGACAUGAAUUUGUCAAUGUAUCGUCCAAAUAGGGAGCUCUUCGACUUUCCAGAAGGCACGAUGGUGUUCUUGGUGAUGUUCGACUUCUUGAGCAGUUUUCAUCGCAAGAACCCAUUGUCCGCAUUGGCUGCCUUCAAGAAAGCCUUCGAGCUGAAGCCGAAAGCGAAAGUGCUGCUGGUGAUCAAGUGUCUUCUGCCGACUGGGCACUUUGCAUUUGAGCAAGAAUUCUGGCAGUUGAAAGAUGAGGUGAGUAAAGUCAGCAGGGUUCGGAUCAUGAUCGAUGUGCUGUCCAGAGAGGAUCUUCGCACACUGAUGGCCUCAGUGGAUGUUUUCGUCUCGAUGCACCGAUCAGAAGGCUAUGGCUUGGUUUUGCUGGAGAUGCUCAUGUUGGGAAAGCCGGUCAUUGCCACAAAUUACAGUGGCAACAUGGAGUUUAUGUCUCAGCUCCCAAAGGAGUUUCGAUUCAUGCAGGUUCCCUUCACUUACACGUGGGUAAAUGUCUCAGAGCCCUUCAAAGGCAUUUACAAAUCGGAUCAGCGAUGGGCCGAUCCUGACGUCUCCAAAGCCGCCAAGGCGAUGUUUCUCCUCUAUGAAGAUCGGACUCGCUUGGAGGCCUGUCGCUCAGUUGUUGGCCCUCUCUUCCGCAAGAAGUUUGGAGCCCAAAGCAUUGGCUCCCGGAUGCAGCUGCACCUGAAAUCGCUCUUCAGCAAGCCAAAGCACCGUUAGCGCCAAAAUGGCCCUGGUGGAUCGACAGACAUAUGGUAAAUGCUAAAAGGCCACUACGAUUUGGCAGCUUUCGGACAUUUCCAACACGCGACUUAG